AUGGCCAACACGAUGACCGACACGAUGGCCGACGAAAACGGCCAUGAGAGCAUCGAGGAUAUCAAGUCUACGAGCAUCGACAAAGAAGGUUCUCAAGAAGAGACCGCGGUCUUCGAACUAGCCGGCUCCAAGCUCCUGCUUGUCAUGAUCGGGCUGGCUCUAGCAAUUUUCCUCUCAUCUAUAGAUGGGUCCAUCAUCUCCACCGCCAUUCCACGCAUCACAUCUCAGUUCGGCAGCAUCGACGACAUCGGAUGGUAUGGAAGCGCAUACUCUCUCGCCAUGUGCUCCUUCCAACCGAUAGCAGGGAAGCUUUAUGCGAAUUUUUCGAUGAAAAUCGUGUUUCUCUCCACCAUGGCUGUCUUUGAGUUCGGCUCCCUCAUCUGCGCAACUGCUGUCAACAGCCCAAUGCUUGUCGUUGGACGAGCCAAACGAGGGACUUUUAUCGGCAUCCUUCAUUCCACGUACGGCGUUGCAACCAUUUUAGGGCCACUUCUAGGCGGCGUUUUGACGCAACAUGCGUCGUGGCGAUGGUGCUUCUAUAUCAACCUCCCGAUCGGGGCAGUCACAUUCACCUUCCUCACCUUAUUCUUCCAUCCGCCUGCACGCAAUUCCGACAACGUCACGGUCCUCCAGAAGCUCGCCAAACUCGACUUAAUUGGUGCAUUCCUCUUCAUACCUUCAAUCAUCAUAAUCCUCCUCGCUCUACAAUGGGGAGGUACUCGGCAUGCGUGGAAGAGCGUGACAAUCAUCGGCCUGAUUCUAGGUGGUGCUGGCCUCCUUACUGUCUUCGCAUCAUGGCAAGUCCACAAAGGCGACAAUGCUAUGAUCCCACCCAGGCUCAUCACACAGCGCACCAUCUUCACGGCCUGUUUUAUCAAUUUCUUCGCCAUGGGUGCCGUUUACACGUCCAUUUACUAUCUGCCCGAAUGGUUUCAAGUCAUAAAAGGGGUUUCACCUACCAAAUCUGGAGUCAUGUAUUUGCCAUUAGCUAUAUCAGAGAUCAUAUCAGCCAUCGGAGCGGGCAUGGGAGUCUCAUUCCUAGGCUACGCGAACCCAUUUAUAUUUACUGGGACAGCACUUAUGUCUAUCGGCACCGGAUUGAUCACCACUUUCACGCCUACUACUAGCCAUCAACGCUGGAUUCCGUAUCAGGUCUUGCAAGGUCUCGGCGCAGGAAUGACGCUUUCUAUGCCCUACAUGGCGACACAGACAGUCCUCAAGGGCGAUGAUAUCCCGGUCGGGACAUCUUUGGUGCAGCUAUUCCAAUUCCUCGGAGGUUCAGUUUUCUUAUCGAUUUCGCAAGCACUCUUCACCAAUCAGCUUACUAGCUCGCUCUCAAAGCUGGGUAGUGUGGGGAUCGGCAGAGCAGAAAUCGAUAAAAUUCUGUCCGCUGGCACUUCAUCAGUCAGGAAAAUCGUAACUGAGGCCCAGCUAUCUGCGGUUAUAGGAGCAUACAACCACGGCAUUGUCUCAGCAUUCUAUAUCGCCACUGCUGCUGCGGCAGUGGCGUUUGUCUUCACUUUUGGGCUCGAAUGGAGGAGUGUCAAGCCAAAGUCCUGA